GAGCAGUGCGCUCAGGACAAGUCAGAACGACAGUGUGGAGGGAGUGAGAUUGAAAGAGAGAGGAGGGAUACUGAGGAAAAACAACAUUAUUACAGAGGAAAAUGGGAAUAGCAGCCGUUCUCACUGUCUUGUGUAUGUGUUCACUCAGCUUGAGUGAUCCGGACGGCGGCACCAAAGUUGGAGAUCCUGUCGAUGCAACACCAACUGAGAACCCAGAGACUCACGGGAAACAGGCAAGAGGAGAUGUACCGGAGGAGCCAGAGCCCACCAGUCCUGUCUCAGACUUUGACAACACAUACAACUAUAUUUUGUCCAGACUGUCAGCGAUGGAUCAGGCCAUCCACAGGCUGAAUGUGGGCCACUACACACUGGACGUGAAGGUGACCCAGCUGGUGGACAGAGUGUCCCGGCUGGACGGCACCCUCGGGGAGAUACAGGACACCAUGCAACAGAUAUCCCUCCUCACCAAGGAGAACCGCAAGGAGAUUGGCCGCUUGGAGGGAUGUCAGAAGGGCCGGCUGGUGGGAUAUAAGUGCUAUCUGGUUUACCGCACAUAUGAGACGUACCCAGGGGCAGCCCAGAAGUGCCUGGAGCGUGGUGGAAGGAUGGCCAUGCCUCGGGACAGGAAGGACCAGGAAGCCCUGGCAGACUACGUCAAGGCUUUCUUCCAGCCAGGGAACUGGCCUGUGUGGCUGGGCAUUAAUGACCUGCGGUCUGAGGGACUCUACCUGUUUGAGGACAACACACGCGUCACCUACUUCCAGUGGCGCAAGCACUUCCUCUCCAGCCAGCCGGACGGAGGCAAGCGGGAGAACUGUGUGGCCAUUUCGUCAGAUGAUGGGGACUGGUGGGACAACUAUUGUGACAGGAACAUGUAUUACCUCUGUGAGUUUGAUGCCUGAUCCUUUUACUUCAAAAGUAUCAGACAUUUCAGAAAAACAAAUCCAACCAAGCUUGACGACAACUUUCUGAGUGGAUAGUCUAUCAUGAGUAGUUAUACAUCUUAUAUAUUUCAAGUAAAAUCUGUUUUUUGUUUGUUUAAAAAGCAAUAGGGGAUGUCGCUGAUGGUGCUAGUGUUGAAUAAUAAUUCACAACACAUUUAACAUACUGUUAAAAUAUGAAGAAUUAUCAAAUCCAUGGCCUAACAAUAUACUGUAACUUUGUUAGACAUAUGGUGGUCAUAUUAGU